AUGAAAAAGAGGAGAAAAACUCCGCACCUACUAGUAGUACUACUAUGGUCAUUCUUAUGGUGCUUCGUAUGGUCCUUCUCUCUCAUUCGUAAUCGCUCAAACUGCUUCAAUCAUGGCAGUAGCGAAGCAAAGGGGGUCCUUACAAUAGGCAGCACAAGAAGCGGCUUUCGGAACAGGAAAAAACAGUUCACUCUGCAUAGCUAUGGGAAGGAAUUUUCUGAACGAUUAAAGAAGCUGAACCUCCUAUCGGAUGUUUUAAAAAUUGAUGCGUACCCAUCGUCCUUCAUAAAAAGAACAACGAAAAUAGACGAGUUGAAGAGGAAGUAUGAAAAUUUAAAAAGUGGUGAAAAGGACGAAAAGAAAAAGUAUGUCAUAUACGGCCGAGUAACAGUCAAAAGGAAUGAUGGAAUGUUCCUGAACGUACAGGAUGAUUGUGGCACUAUACAAAUAUAUGUUGAUGCACAUUUGGUACUUAAUGGGGGAAACAAAUCGGGGGAAAAAAGGAAUGACUGUCUAGAGAGCGAUGGGGAGAAUGACCGGGCGAACAAGGAUACCUGUCCAGGUGUAACGCAAAAUGAGAUUAACUCUCUUCAUGGUGAUGGUAAUGCUACACAUGGGGAGGGAAGCCACUGGCCCUUGGGUACACAAGGAGAAAAUCCCCACAAGGAAAACUCAAUAAGUGUGAGGAAAAUUAUCGAAGUAGGCGAUUUCGUAGCCAUCAAAGGAUUUGUUAGAAAAUCCCAAAGGGGAGAAAUAACUUUACACGCAGAAGAAAUUUUCUUACUAACUAAAGCGUUGCUUCCCUUGCCAGACAAAUAUAAAGGAAUGAAAGAUGUUGAAUAUAAGUACAGAAAAAGAUACCUCGACUUUUUAAUCAACAAGGACGAAAAGGAAAAAAUCCUUACCAGAUUUGAAGUCAUACAAGAAAUUAGAAAGUUUUUGCUAAAAAAAAAAUAUUUAGAAGUAGAUACCCCAAUAUUGCAGUCCAUCCCUGGAGGUGCUUCAGCUAAACCAUUUGAAACUUUUUUAAAGUCUUUGAAUUUAGUUCUCUAUUUAAGAAUAGCACCUGAACUAUAUUUGAAAAAAUUAAUCAUCAGUGGAAUUUCAGAACAAAUUUUCGAAUUUAGUAAAUGCUUUCGCAAUGAAGGCCUAAGUACCGUUCACAACCCUGAGUUUACACUCCUCGAAAUUUACAAGGCCUACUCUAAUUAUAAAUAUAUGAUUAAAUUUGUUGAAGGGUUAAUAAAAACUGUGGCGAAGAAAUUUUCUUUGCGUUUGAAUAUCGAUAAGGGUUUGCUUUACCAAAAGAAAUGGAAAAAAAUUUCCUUUAUGAAAAUAGUAAAGGAUUACACCUGCGUAAAUUUUCUCAACUUGUCAUUCGAUCAAGCUUAUAAUGAAGCAAAGAAAUUAAACGUAACUUUUGAUCAAGGGAAGGAGCACUUAAAUUGGGGACUCGUCGUUCAGGAAGUUUUUAAACGAAAGGUGGAACCCUUUUUAGAUAACCACCCUAUCCAUAUAUAUCACCUCCCUGCAGAAACUUCCCCUCUAGCCAAAACGUUAAUCAAGAAUAAAAAACUGUCUGAACGUUUUGAAACGUACAUAGGGAAGAUGGAAAUAGCGAAUGGCUACUCCGAGGAGGCCAAUUCUCUAAUGCAGGAAAGGAAGUUCAUUUCUCAACAUACUUUAAAGAAUAAAAAGGUUGAAGCCGGCAGUAUCAGCUGCACAGAGGAGUCUACGUCUCCGGAUGAUGCUCGUUCAGGUGCUAACCGGGGGGACCAAAACCAAGUGAGUACUUCCUCUGGGGGGGAAUUUCCCCAAGGAGACGAACAAAUUAGCUCAAAAAUGCAACAUAUGCAAAAUGACAAUCACGAAAUCGAUUACGAUUAUGUAACCGCCCUGGCGCAUGGCAUGCCCCCAACGGGAGGCUUGGGAAUAGGGAUAGAUCGCUUGUGUAUGCUGCUGACAAAUUCGAGUUCGAUCAAAAAUGUGUUACCCUUUCCCAUAAUAAAGCCACACUGA